AUGACCCAUCACAGCAAAUCGGUGAGGGCGGCGUCGGCUGGCGUGGUGCUGACGAUGAUUGUGAUGGCGGCACUCUGCUGCACGUCAGCGGUGUGCAUCCCUGCCAUCGCGCACACGAGCUUCGAAAACGGACGCCGAUUUGCGGCGAUUCCGGCGAUGGCUGCGGUGGUGAAGCCGAUCUGGAGUGUGCCGCCGGACUCAGCUGCGGGCACAGGUAGCCCGUCGCACGUGAUGGUGAGCGCGUCCCCCAAGUACGAGUUGCCCAAUCAGGCGUAUCCUCUCAACAAGGCUUCGCAAAUGAAGCUCACGCCGGCGUUGGCGGCGGAACGUGUGCACGAGGACGCAGAACACGUUCGUGCCUCCUCGUCCGGCGUCGUUGCUAUGGGUACUGCUGCGAUCCCUCCGGCUGGUCAGCUGCACAUGAUGCCAACAACCUUGUCCGGGCAGCUCCUGUGCAGCCCUCUCGCAAAUGGAGAGGCAGCGCCUUUGCUGGAGCAGCUCAGCAAGGCAUCGAGCUCGUCGCCGAGUCACCAGCGCAAACAGCUGGUGUCGCCGUCGUAUAGGGCGGCCGGGCAACUCGCAGCGCAGCAGGACGACCAAACGACCGCAGUGGAGGUGGCACCUGCGACAGUGACGGCAAACGUCAGCUCCUCCGGCUCCUCUGAGGGGUUGUCGAGCGGAGAGGACAACCACGGUGUCAUCCUUUCCAGCGGCGUAAUCACCUCCUUCACCGUUUCUUUCAUCUUCGCCGGCUUGCUACUGAUCAUGGUGUUGGCAGAGGUUUGCGCAAUGGUCAGUGCGUUCAUGGAGCGUCGCCGGAUGCGUGCGGCCCAAGAUCUGAAGGGUGCCGAUAACCCCGUCGAGCCCAAGUACGGCGACUUCCGCGAUACCGCCGUCGAUGUGUCGGUGUAA